UAGAUUUAACUUUUAAACAUCAACUCACUGAACUCAGAUCAGAACUCAGUAGGUUAUAGCAAUCUUAAUCUUUUUAAUACUUCGCACUUCGCAGCAACAUUCCAUUUUAUUAUAUAACUGCAAAUUGCAAUUCAUUUUGAUUCAAAUCAAAUGAUCUGUGAUUAGUAAUUUAGACUUGGUCAAAUCAAUUUGAAAGUCAUGUUUAUCGUAGGCCUAACUGGUGGUAUAUCCACUGGAAAAUCAACUGUAAGUGAAAUGUUUGAAGAAUAUGGGAUCCCAGUGAUAGAUGCAGAUAAGAUGGCCAGAAAAGUUGUAGAACCAGGAAAAGUAGCAUGGAAAAAAAUAAGACAAGAAUUCGGAGAGGAGGUUUUUCAUCCUUCAGGAGAACUUAACAGGGAAGCUUUAGGAGAUAUAAUUUUUGAUGACCCAAAAAAGAGGAGGAAAUUAAAUGAAAUUACUCAUCCAGAGAUUUACAAAGAAUUGCUUUGGGCUGCCGUCAGAUGUUUUUUCCAAGGUCAUCAGUUCAUUGUCAUGGAUUUGCCUCUUCUAUUUGAAUCUGGUGCAAUGUUGGAUUAUAUCCAUAAAAUUAUAGUUGUUACAUGUGAGGAAGACAUCCAACUGAUGCGGCUGAUAGAGAGAGGUAAUCUGACUGAGACGCGGGCCAAGAAGCGUAUCGCCUCACAGAUGGCGCUGGACCAGAAGUGUGAGCGAGCACAUUACGUGAUAGAGAACUCAGGCAGCGUAGACGACACUCGGGAGCAAGUCACAAGGAUCGUGGCGGCUCUCAAAUGCAGUAGACAUCACUGGAGACUGCGCAUCAUUGCUGGGCUGUUCUGCUCUGGUGUCGUAUCUUUUAUUAUAUGGCUCGGAACUAGAAUGUACCAGAACCGAAUCACACAGUGAUGUAGUGUAUAAAUGUCUACCAGCAACGCA